UCUGACGAUAUUUAGUUCACCGGUGAAACCACCGAAGAAAGAAGGUUGGAGCGCUCUGAUGUUGAUCAUGAAAGCGCAGGUGGAUGUGCUCUGCUGUAAAUCAGUAGGAACUGAUCUGUCCAUGCUGGAUAUUGAGGAUUUCAUCACAGAAAUCUGUCAGCUGAAGAAAGCGGUGGCUUCACUGGAGGCAAAGCUGAGAGAAAGAGGAGACAAACUGAACAGAGAGGAUGUGGAGCAGGUUUGGGUGCGUGAGACUGAUGGGACAGAAGCUCAGGAUUCAGUCUGGAGCGUCAGAGAUCAGAGAUCCAGAGACACACAGGACUCAGAGCUCAGCCUCACUUUACUCUGUUAUACUGACGCUCAGGAUCAUGAAUCCACUGAUCAAACCUCUGACUGUAACGCUGGAGCACAGCAGAUGCUGCAGACGCCGCUGAAGAUGUGCUCCGUCAAACUGGUGGACUGCAGGAACCUGAUCGAGAGCAGAGGAGAAGAAACCACCGCAGAGAAACAACAACAACAACACACUGAUGAGGAAGAGGAGGAGGAGAAUAAUGGGGAGGAUGAGAAUAAUGGGGAGGAUGAUGAUGAUUGUGCUGAGAAUAAUGGGGAGGAAGAUGAUGAUGAUGAAGAUUUCAUUCCUCCAGAUGAUAAAGUCUGUACAUCUUCUGAUGAAGAGACAGACUUAACAUCAAAAGAGCAGCUGACGGUCAAGAGUUUCUCCUGCAGCACCUGUGGAAAAACACUGAGUUCAGAGGGCCAUUUAAAGAGACACGAGAGAAAACACACAGAACAGAAAAGCUUUAGAUGUAGGAGAUGCAACAUCAGCUUUCCUACCGCAGAAGAGAAGAGACUUCAUUCAAAAGAGCACAACGGGAAGAAGGAGUUUCACUGUGAACAGUGCGGCAAGGUUUUUUUCAUUCGUUCUAGUCUAAAAGUUCACUUGAACUGUCACGGUGAAAAGUCUUUCCACUGCAGCGAAUGUGACAAGUAUUUCAGCACCAAAGGAAAUCUUGAUAUUCAUAAGCGAAUCCACACGGGAGAAAGACCUUACAACUGUCCACACUGCGAGAGAAGAUUCAAUCACGGACCACAUCUUAAGAGACAUGUCCGUGUUCACACCAAUGAGAGACCGUAUCAGUGCAGUGAAUGUGGGAAAACCUUCACAGACUCAGGCUCUCUAAAGUCACACCAGAAAAUCCAUUCUGAUGAGAAACUGCUUCAGUGCAAACACUGCGACAAACAAUUCCGUCAUAUUAAUAGUUUGAACAUUCACGAGAGGACACACACUGGAGAGAAACCAUAUCUGUGCUCCUACUGCGGGAAGAGCUUUUCAAAUCCGUCUCAUUUUAUAUUUCAUAAGCGAGUCCACACCGGAGAAAAACCAUAUCACUGCAGCAUCUGUGGGAAGAGUUUCGGUAAACAUGGCACAUUUCGAAACCACAAAAGGACUCAUACUGGAGAAAGACCGUUUAAAUGCUCACAGUGUGAAAAGACGUUUGCUCGAUUAGACGUCCUUAAGGUCCAUCAGCGAGUUCAUACAGGAGAGAAACCUUACUCCUGCUCCAUCUGCGGCGAGAGAUUCGCUUAUUUAGGUAGUUUUCAGACCCACCAGAACAAACACGCUAAAGAACAAACUGCUCCAGAAUCAUCAGAAUGACUUUCAUCAGUCAAUCUGG